UCACCAACAGUCAGGAUGGAGGACACAUCUCUACUCUGGCUGCUCUUUCUGACCUCACUGCUGAGCUGCCCAACAAACCAAGCCUCUCUGACUGUGAGUCCCAGCAGCUCUCAGAUGUUUGUAGGACAGUCUGUCUCUCUGAACUGUGAGGAGGACGACAGCUCUGCUGGAUGGACUCUGAGGAGGAACACAACCAGAAAAACUAGAGCUGAGUGUAAAGACUGGGGAGGAAUAUCUGCUGGUUCUUCCUGUAAAAUCAGCUACAUGGACCCAUCAGACAGUGGAGUUUACUGGUGUGAGUCCAGAGAGGGAGCAACCAGUAACAGCAUCAACAUCACUGUCACUGGUGGACCAGUGAUCCUGCAGAGUCCUGUCCUCCCUGUGAUGGAGGGAGAAGACCUCACUCUGCUCUGUAGAACAAAGACGUCCUCCAACCUCCCAGCUGGUUUCUAUACAGAUGGCUCCUUCAUCAGGACUGAGCCUGCAGGUCACAUGACCAUCCACCAUGUUUCCAGGUCUGAUGAAGGCCUCUACAAGUGUAACAUCAGCAGUGUUGGAGAGUCUCCACCCAGCUGGGUCUCUGUCACAGAGAAACCAAAGACCACAGACCCACCAACCUCUGCAGCUCCGCCCCCGGCCUCAGACCACCUCCCCCUUGUGAUCAGACUGGUCUGCCACCUGGUGGUGUUUUGUCCGUACUUCAUCUCCACUUUCAUCAUGGUGUGUUUAUAUCGACACAGAGAAACAGGAAAUGACCUGCCCGUCUCCGUGGUGAUGACCCCACCCACCCAGGCUGAGAUGGGAUUGGAUGAAGACUAUGAUGAUGUCACCACGGAGCAUCACUUCUGAACUGAUCUGAGAAGAAGCUCAAAUGUUU